GGGUGUCUCACUUUGAUCAGAUAUGACCAGGGGUGGAGGGGAGAGGAGACAGACAGGCAGGCAGGGGAGGAGGGAGUGAGGAGGAGGAGGAGGAGGAGGAGGAGGUGAUGGUAACAUAUAGGCUUGAUUAUUAUGCAGUCAGUGAGACUCAGUAAUAAAGCUAUCAGUGAGACACACACACACAGACAGAGAGGUUUCCUCCAGCCCCGGCUCGGAUCGCUCAGGCUCCUCCAGUCCUUCCUCCCUCCAGUCUCUCCUCCUCCUCCUCUCACUUCAGAUCGGAGGUGACAGGUGAUCGAGCAGUCAGUCUGUCUGUCGGACUCCAGCAGCGGAUGUUCUUGGGCAGGCUUCUUCCCACCGCGGUGAGGCUGGACGGAUAAAACUCACCAUGGCGCUGGAACCGGAGGGGAACAACCGGCUCCUGCAAGACGUGCUGGCGAGACCGGGGAACGAAACGUGCGCGGACUGCGGCAAUCCAGAGCCGGACUGGGCGUCGCUGACUUUGGGUGUGUUUGUUUGCCAGGCCUGCUCGCUCCUUCACCGGAGCAUCCCCCACAUCAGCCGGGUCAAGUCUAUCCAGGACACAUGGGAUGCCAGUGACGUGGAGUUGAUGGCUGCCACAGGAAACAAUGCAGCCAGGGCCAAAUAUGAGCAGAAGGUUCCUGCUUUCUACUACAGACCAACACACACUGACUGCAAGAUGCUGAGAGAGCAGUGGAUCAGAGCCAAGUACGAGAGGAAUGAGUUUGAGUUCAUCGAAAAACAGGAGCCUUACUCUGCAGGGUACAGGGAGGGGUUUCUAUGGAAACGAGGAAGAGACAACGGUCAGUUUCUCAGCCGAAAGUUCAUCCUGUCGGAGAGGGAGGGGGCGCUGAAAUACUUCAACAAGCAGGAUGCCAGGGAUCCCAAAGCGGUGAUGAAAAUCGAAACCCUCAAUGCCACCUUCCAACCGGCCAAGAUUGGCAACCCAUGCGGCCUGCAGAUCACCUACCUGAAAGACAACAGCACAAGGAACAUUUUUGUCUACCACAGUGACGCUAAGGAGAUGGUUGACUGGUUCAACGCUAUCAGAGCGGCCAGGUUCCACUACCUACAGGUAGCCUUCCCUGGAGCAAGUGACGAGGAGCUGGUGCCCAAACUGACCCGAAACUUCAUGAAGGAAGGCUUUAUGGAGAAAACAGGUCCAAAGCACACGGAGGGCUUCAAGAAGAGGUGGUUCACCAUGGACGACAGGAGGCUCAUGUAUUUCAAAGACCCUCUGGAUGCCUACGCCCGCGGCGAGGUGUUCAUCGGCAGUAAGGAGAACAGCUACACCGUCCUGUCCGGCUUGCCCUCUUCCACACAGGGCUACCACUGGAACCACGGCAUCACCAUCGUCACCCCGGACAGGAAAUUCCUGUUUGCCUGUGAGACCGAAGCCGAGCAACGGGAUUGGAUAGCUGCCUUCCAGAGGGUGAUCAAUCGACCAAUGAGGCCGCAAGAAUACGCAGUGGAGGCCCAUUUUAAACACAAGCCUUGAAGACUGCAGGAAGCCACGACUCAGCUGGACCGGCCCAGUCUCAUUCAGAUCAAGAGACAAUCCCAAUGUGUGACCACAGACCAUGGCGGGAGGUGUUGGGGUGGGGUUUUGGGGGACAUGAGGGGGUUGUGGGAUGGUGAGGAGAAAGAGACAGAGGGACACAAGCCUAUCUCUGUGUGGAAAACUUGAACUCUAAUGUGACUGAAGGCCCAUCAUGGGGUGAAACGUUGGUGAUCAGAGGCCAAAGGGUAGAUGAUGUCAUCACUAUUGCGCCUACCAACCUUGUGCUAUACAUUAUCAUCCUUCCCCUCCUCAGCCGUGUGGACCCUUUCCCUGCAACGACCUUCCCCUCUCUCAGAUUUCGUCUCGUGAAUGGUUCAUUCUACCUGUAAUCUAAUGUAAUUAUGUAAUCUAGAGUCAUUUCACUGGUUGCUUAACAAAGACAAUGCAUUGUUAAUUUAUUGAAUGUACAGUUUUGAUGACAGUGGCUUACCGUGUGUGUGUGGAAUCGUGACGUUUUUGUUGAGGACGCUGUGAGGUUGAACCUCUGGCACUGAGACCCUGUUAAACCUGAACCUACAAAGUGCUGUUACCAACAAAUAUGCAUAAAAACACACACACACAUACAAACUCUCAGUGAUCACCGUAGCUGUUAACGUAGCUGGAGGUGGCUGAUCUGCAUCCAGACAGGGUUCUUUUACAACCUCAAUCUGACAGCUGUUCUCUUAUUUAUUUGUACUGUUGAACAUACUGAGUCAUCGUAGACAGUUAUUGCUGCUUUAAAGGAUUGUAAUGUGACAGGAUUGUAAUUUAUAUAACACUUCUACAGCUGUUUUAUUUACGUUUUUGCAUCUUGUUUUAAAGACACAUUGUUGUGUUAACCCUGAAAUCACAGUGAUAGUUUGUUUCAUUAUGAAAAUCUUAACAUGAAUACAGAUGAAGCUGAAAUCAAGUGGCGGUGUUUGAUUUGUCCUCAUUCUUUAAGACAUUUCAGUGUGUUUGGGAUGGCAUACUGUUAAAACAUCCAACUCAAGGUAGG